CACUACAGCACACUGCCAUCCACAGAGCGCACGCUGCCAGCCACAAAGCGCACAGGGCACACUGCCAGACACAGAGCCAGACACACUGUCAGCCAGGAAACUACCCAAACUCUCACUGGAGGCUCUGCUGACAGUGCUAUCUCCCGCACUGCUAGGGAAGGGAACAAAGUGAUGCUCAGCCCAAGUACCUGUAAAAGGCAGCUAGCCUUGCCCAGCGGACCUGAAGGGAGACCCCAGAGCAGUCACCAGAUGCACCGCUCCAGGAGGCAUCCCCCGUGUGGGCUCCUGCUGAUCAUUAUGCUGUCAUCCUGGACCCUCACCUGUCAAGGUUCUUCAUUUUCAUCAGAAGCAGCACGAGAAAUGCAGAUGUGGAUCGAGAUUCAGAAUACUUGCACUGCAAUCCUUUCAGAUUCCCAGCCUAUGGUACCUGCCAUAGAAGAAUUUUGCUUUAUGGUUAUGGGAAUGCAGCAGAACUCCCAGGGUUCAGAAGAAAAAGAUAACACAAAAAGGUCGUCUGUUGUGCAUCCUUUGCUGCAACUCGUUCCUCAGCUUCACGACAGAAGAAUGAAGAGAUUCAGUGCAGACGAGGAAAUCCAAAGUCCGGGGAGUGUUCUAAGCAGAGGAUACUUUUUGUUCAGGCCACGCAAUGGGAGGAGAUCAUUAAGCUUUCGCUAAAAGAUUGGAGCAGAUAGAAUACGGCAGGUCUUCACAAAGAAAAAUGGAAUCAUCUAUCACAUUUAAACCUGUAUAAAUAUUAAAGGUCACUAUAGAAUGUAAAGGUUACUACCCUAAGCUGUUUUUGGUUAGCACAGCCUACAUUCUCUUAACAUAUUAACAAUAUUAAACUAAUGAUAUUGUUUUCUGCUGUACCAAUGUUUAUAAUUAUAGUAUGUAAUAAUUAAAAAUGGCUUGUGCAUUAUACGUUGUGUGUGUUGCUAUUACAUUUAAUGAACUGCUAGACAUGUUAUUGUAACUUGUAACUAAAU